AAGUGGAGCAUGGAGAACAGCACUUUAUUCAAAUUUAACAACGGGGCUCAGGCUACGAUAUGGACUGAUUAUAGUAUCGAAUACAAGGUCGCUAGCAUCUUAUUAGUGAUUCUUAUUUGUGGAGUUGGAAUUAUUGGCAAUGUUAUGGUCAUUCUUGUGGUCUUAACGACCAAGCACAUGCGUACCCCAACUAACUGCUAUUUGGUGAGUCUGGCAGUUGCCGACCUCAUGGUCCUGACUGCAGCCGGGCUGCCCAACAUCACCGAGAGUCUGUUCGGUGGCCACUGGGUGUACGGAUACGCUGGGUGCCUCUCCAUCACUUAUUUUCAGUACCUGGGAAUCAACGCGUCUUCCUGCUCCAUCACAGCCUUCACCAUUGAACGCUACAUCGCCAUUUGCCACCCGAUAAAAGCGCAAUUUAUGUGCACCCUCUCCCGAGCCAAAAAGAUCAUUGUUCUCGUUUGGGUUUUAACGUCCCUCUAUUGCGUUAUGUGGUUUUAUCUUUCCGACACGAAAGAGGACGUUUAUGAGAACGCUGUCCUCGUGACAUGCGCCUACAAAGUAUCUAGAAACCUGUAUUUGCCAAUAUAUUUCACAGAUUAUGCCGUGUUUUACGUUAUCCCGCUUUUCCUGGCCAUUGUUUUAUACGGAUUGAUCGCAAGGAUUCUUUUCCUCAACCCACUCCCGUCGGAUCCCAAGGAAAGUCGAAGAAACUGGAAAAGGGAGUCGUCCGUGCAUGGGAACUCCAGGAGUUCCUCCAGCAGCACAACAGCUGCUUCUCGGAGACAGGUGACAAAGAUGCUGGCAGUGGUGGUGAUCCUCUUCGCUGUGCUGUGGAUGCCCUAUCGGACACUGGUCGUGGUCAACUCCUUCCUCAAGAAGGCCUAUCUGGACACCUGGUUUCUUCUGUUCUGCCGUCUCUGCAUCUACUUGAAUAGUGCCAUCAACCCUAUCAUCUACAAUGCCAUGUCUCAGAAGUUCCGGGCUGCCUUCCACAAGCUCUGCCAUUGUGGUCCCCAGCACUCCGAGAAGCCCCCCACGUAUAGCGUGGCCCUCACGUACAGCGUCAUCAAGGAGACCUCCAAUGGAGAAAGCCCAGACCACUAUACCACAGAGCUAGACGACAUCCGCGGAGCCGCCGAAGAGCUUCUGCCCGAGAGAAAGAGGCUGUCAUUUAAAGAGUCCUCACUAGCUUGUAAAGACACAUUGGCUAGUGCUUAGAUCCUUGGUUGGUAUGUUUGACUAGGGUGCUUAAUUUGCACUUUCACAGUGCCUCAGUGGCCUAUUGGAUUGGCCGCCACAUGGAAACAGCAUUUUGACAAUCAUUUACACAUUCGAAACAAAGCAGAUUUAUUCAUAACUUAUCCAUAACCUAGACUUAUAUAGUAGCUCAAGAACAAAAUAGGUCUUAUCCAGUCUGUGAAGGUGAAGUAAUGCUCCUGAAGCAAUCAUGGGUGAGGAUUGACAGACAAUUGGAUGGAUGAUUGAACAUGAUUCAGUGACGGUAUUGAUUUGGAGGUGACUGAGUGUGUGAGCUAGGCUGCACGAUUAAUUGAAAUAAAACCUGCAAUUGUGAUUUGGCUGCGAUUUGAUUCAAGUAAUACAAGCGUUGCAUGUUUCAAGAGCCAUGCCCAUGAAAGACGCAGGAUUUUGAGUGCACGAGCACCACUUGUCACAUUUUGCCAGUUUCCGCAUAUCUCCCAUUGAAAAUUAACUAGACACUUGCGAGUGGCGUGUCCCGAAUGGCCUGUGUCAAGUGUGGCACUGUGUUAUGUUACACGUGAGCAGCUUGUGACAGUGUUUUCAGUAUCUCAAAGUGGCUUGCUUUGCAGUAAAAGCUUCUCUACACAAACGCAUUUCUGCAUCUGCUUAGUUUGGGUGGCUGUAUGCAUUUGAGAACAAACCAUGCGCCAAGCAUCUUCCCAAACUGUAAUGAGAAGCACUUAUAAGCUGGCUGUUUAAAGAGAAAAG